AUGUCGAAGGCGGCGCAGGCGAAGAAGCGCGGGUUGUCGCUGGAGGAGAAGCGCGAGAGGAUGCUCGAGAUCUUCUACGAAUCCAAGGACUUCUUCCUCCUGAAGGAGUUGGAGCGCAUGGGGUCGAAGCGGGGAGUGAUAAGCCAGGCGGUGAAGGACGUGAUACAGACGCUCGUGGACGACGACCUCGUGCUGCGCGACAAGAUCGGCACCUCCGUGUACUUCUGGAGUCUGCCCAGCAGUGCAGGGAACAAGCUGCGGCAAGCGGAGGCGCAGCUGACAGGGGAGGUGGGCGAGCUGCAGGCCAAGAAGGCGCGCCUGGAGGCCAGGCUUCAAAGCGCGCAGGCGGGCCGACAGCAGUCGGAGGAGCGGAGCAAGGCGCUGGGCGAGCUGGCUGUGCUGCAGGCGAAGAACCGCAAGCUCAAGGAGGAGCUGGCAGAGUUUGCGGAGAAUGACCCAGAGCUGCUCGAGCACAAGAUCAAAGUCACCCGGAUAGCCAAGGAUGCUGCCAAUCGAUGGACAGAGAACAUCUUCGCCCUGCAGCAGUGGUGCAACGACCAGUUCCCACAAGCGCCUGAGAAGCUCGCCCAGCUGUAUGAAGAGGUUGGACUCACGGAUGACAUAGAUUAUGUGGAAUGA